AUGGCAGACAAGUCACAUGUCAACAAUGUCCCCAUGCAGGGUAACGGCGCUUACAGUUCACAUGCAGCCCUUCAACAUGAAGCCAUGCUCAAAGCCCUGCCGCUUUUCCAGGCUGCAGCUGAGGCCAUAUCCAAGGUCGAAUCUACUCGAGUAUCUAUCGUGGAAUAUGGAUCAGCCCAUGGGAAUAACUCUUUAGAACCAAUGGAGGCAAUUUUGAAGUCUAUCCCUGCUCGAUCACUGGAACUACUUUUCAGUGACCGCCCGGAAAACGACUUUUGUACACUGUCCAAGACCGUCACUGCGUGGGCUGACGGACUAGUUGGAAACCAACAUCUCCAUCCCUUGUUCAUUAGUAUGAUCCCUCGCAGCUUCUAUCAGCAAGUCAUUCCACCAAAUUCUGCGCACCUCGGUUUCUCUCUCGCUGCGCUCCAUCAUCUCGAUUAUGUUCCCCAACCUACCGAGGAUGGCCAAGAUGAGUCCGAGCUCCUCCAGCAGCAAGCUCAUGUUGAUCUCGCAACCUUUCUGAAGCUUCGCUCUCAAGAAAUCGUAUCUGGUGGAUCCCUCAUUCUCUCUUUCGUCGGUCAGGCCUCUGCUGGUUAUGAGAAUUAUAGCGGACCCGUUGACGCCUGUCGUAACGCCAUGAUCCAAAUGGUUCAACAGGGCAAGAUUCCGGUAUCUGUCGCCCAAGCCUUUAGGGUGCCGACCUACAAUCGAACACUGAGCGAUGUGAAAAAGGUUAUAGACGAGUACACGCAGACUUGGAAACUUCAUGAUCUUUUCGAAGAUGAUGUUAUGCAUCCGGCUUUUCAUGAGCUCAAGAUUCAGUCGAACGCCAGUCAGGAGGUAAGCCACAAAUACGCAGAAAUCGUGAUCGAUUGGAUGAUGGCUGUCUGCUCUGGAUAUUUUACCAAGGCUCUUCAGGUGGGAUCUCAGGGGGGCUAUACCCAACAGGAAGAGGAGGGUUUGCUUCAAGAUUGGGUUACUGGAACUAAGGAGAUUUUUAUACGUGAUUAUAAGGAUAAGGAAGUUAUUUGUUCUUUUAUAUAUAUCCGACUAGAGAGGCUUUAA